GGAUGCGUCUUGCAGCGGAACUGCUGAUCUAGUGCGCAUGCAGAAGACAAUGCUAAAUUAGCCUAUGCUGUUUACAUAGAAACAAAUGACAGGGAAUGUUUCAUAAAGAUUUAAUUACAAUUCAUGUUAUUAAUAUUUCUAGUUAUAAACAAUUGUAGUUGGCUGAAUUCAGAGACUCUAACCGGUAUUUAUCUGGCCUCUCCCGACAGUGUUGUUCUGUCGUGAAUGUCUGCCUCUCUUUCAGGCUGUACCACUCCAUAAAACAAGGGGGAUACAACUUGACAAAAUUUCUCUUGGACCUUGAGGAAACGAGACCCUUUCAAAAUAACUGUAUUGUUUUAGAUGUCAGACUAUGAUAGCUUCAUUACGGUGCAUGCUGUUGGCGUGAGCCAAUAUAUAAUUUCACGCGUAUACCUUUUAAAAUCAUCACGACUGCCUCUGCUUUCUACCUUGUGGGGAAGGAAGCGAAGCGGUCAGAGUACCAAACUCAAUGCGGGCGAGCGGUGAGCGAGGCAGCUAGGUAGUUAUACAAGCAGCCUGAGGGAGAGAUAUUUUAAAUGGCGGAGAAUAUACGAUCACUGUUUGAUUAUCGGGAACCUCCGACCCUGGAUAGCGACGGAGAAGGGAGCAAACCUCCGCCGCCGCGGGGGCGGGGCUGCGGGCGGAAGAGGAAGGGAACCCCGGUGAAAGUGUGUGACCGGGUGUAUGUCACAGAAGACGAGGAGGAGAGCCUCUCUGAACACAGCUACUGCGCCGGUGACGGACAGUAUCCGGAGGGGGAGGACGAUCGCCUGCCUGCCCCGGACAGCCCCUACUACCUCAGCGACCCCGCUCAAUUGUGCGUCUCGGAGCUGGGCGAUGAAGGGGCCAGCGGCGCCAGGGCGGCCAUGUUGUACGCGCCCCCGGCCAACUGCCGCAUCCGAGAGGUGCACUGUGGGAGCCAGGUGCGGCUCGUCGUCAUAGCGAUCAGAGACAUCGCCAAAGGGGAGGAGAUAACGGUGGACUACAGUCUGACGGAGUGGGGAGACAACCCCAUGGGUUUCCACAGCUCAGUGUCUCCAGGAGGGCUGGAAUGCAGCUCCGACCCCGAGAACAACAUCAAGAAGCUAGUGGAAGAGGAAUUUUCCAUUAGUGCAGCUCAUCCUCCAGACAUUGACGUUACACAGGAGGAUGAGUCCGGCCCCGUCCCCCUCUCUCUCUCCGUCUCGGACUACCUCACCCCGUCCUGGUCCCUCUCUCCGUCCUCCUCCCCGGUGUCCCACUCGGAGGCCAGCGACUCGGACCACGAGGAGGAGGAGGAGGAAGAGGAGCUGGAGGAGCUCCGGGGGCGGAUGCUGCGGCGGCGCAAGAAGAGGAAGGCGCCGUACGGCUCGUCCGCCAAGCGGAAGGGCGCGCCGCGGACGCCGAGCCGGCCGCUGUCCUUCUCCCGCUCGCCGCACCCCUCCCCCCCGGCCUGCCGCCCCUCCUUCGCCGCGCCCCCCCUGCCCCCCACCACCAACAUCAACAACAACAUCAACAUCAACAUCGGGCGGGGGCGGGGCGUGGCCACCCGCCGCCAGCAGUGCCUGUACUGCGGCCGCCACUUCCGCUCGCUCGCCCGCCACCUGGAGAAGCACCACGCCCAGCAGCCCGAGGUGCGGGCCGCCAUGGAGCGCGCCCAGACCUUCCCCAACCCGCCGCUCUCCCAGACGCACCCCGCCCACUCGAACCCCGCCCCCUCCCCCGCCCGCUCCCCCGCACCCGCCGCCGCCGCCGCCCCCUCGCCCGCCCUCUUCCCCAGGGAGAGGGAGGCGCAGAACGGCGGAGUCUCCUUCUCCCUCUCCCUCUCGCCCCCCUCCCUUGCUCACGCCUCCUCCGCCGCCCCGCCCAAGAAGAGCCCCGCCCUCUCCACCUCGCCCAGGAAGAGCCCGUCCGCGCCGGCCCCGCCCAAAAGGGGCCGCAGGAUGAAGAAGGAGAAGGAGGAGGAGCAGGAGAAACGGGAGGCGGCUAAGGAGGAGGAGGAGGCCUCCCCCCACGGCUUCCUGGGAGGAGGGAAGGACAACGAGCCGGAACCGAACGGAGAGAAGGAUGAAGAGAGUGGAGAAGAGAAGAAAGGAGAGAUGUUGAGCUCCCGCAGGCCCCACAUGCUGCCCCUGCUCUCCUCGCUGUCCUCCCUGGUGGCGCACCUGCGCCGGCAGCAGCACUCGUCCUUCGUCACGCUGUCGCGCCAGCCGCAGGCGGCCGAGGCCUGGCGCCUGCUGUGCCACUCCAGCCUGGCGCUGCUCAUCCUCUACAACCGGCGGCGCGAGUGCGAGGUGUCCAAGCUCACCAUCCAGGAGUACCGCAGCCGCGUCACGCCCCCGCCGCUGCCCGCCCCCGGCUCCGCCCCCUCCCUCACCCCGCUGGAGGCCUCGCUGUCGCCCUUCGAGCGCCAGGUGCUGUGCCACCUGCCCCGGGCCGGGGUGCUGGGGAAGCGGGGGCGGGUGCAGCCCCUCAUCCUGCCCCCCCACAGCGAGCCCUGCCUGGAGCUGCUGCUGCAGACCCGGCCCGGUGUGGGGGUGGACCCGCAGAACCCCUACCUGUUCGCCCGGCCCUACCACUCCCCGGCCACGCCCCUGCGGGGGGCGGACCUCCUGCGCAGCCUGGCCCGGGCCAGCGGCACCAAGAACCCCCAGGCGCUGACCCAGACCCGCGUCCGGCGCCAGGUGGCCAUCCUCACCCAGCUGCUGCUACUGGGCGAGGGGGAGGGUCAAGGGGCGGGCAGCGCCACCCAGCGCCUGGAGGACUUCCUGCAGAGGGAGUACCACGUGACCCAGAGCUGCGCCCGGAUUGGCCAGGACCCGGGGCUGAUGGGACGGGUGGGCCGGGUGGUGCUCUGCGGGGAACGGGACGGGGUCCUCUUCAGGGGCAUGAGCCUGCACCACAUCUGUCUGGAGCUGGACGUGAUGUCGGGGAACUCGGCGGACUCUCUCUCGGACGAUUCGGACGCGGAGCGGAGGAAGGUUCCGGAGAAAGGGGAGCCGGCGAAGAGGGCGGCGGGGAAGAGCCAGCCCCCUCGGAGGAGGAGAACCGCCGCGCCUCCCACCUCCGCCUCCUCCGUCAGCCCCUCCCCCGCCACCUUCGCCCACAAGAGGAGAAGCGCCCAGCCCAAACCCGGUAAGCGUGGGGUUCUGAAGCGCCCGUGGUCGGAGGCGGAGCGGGCGGCGGUGGAGUUCCACCUGAGCAGGAACAUCGCGGAGCUGCGGGUGCCGGCCAAGGCGGACUGCGAGCGCUGCCUGCAGCUCUGCCCCCUGCUGGUCACCAACCGCCGCGACUGGCGGGCCAUCAAGUUCUACUGCCACAACCGCAUCCAGCUGCUCAAGAAGAGGGAGCGGAGGGAGGGCGGGGCGUCCGGGCUGGGCGCGUCCGUCUGCUGAAGGGGGGCGGGGCUGGGCUCUGGCCACGCCCACCAGGAAGUAAGAGGGCGCACAGUGACUCGCUCCCAUCUUCGUUAGGGGAGCGCUGAGACCUUUUUCACAGAGACCAAGCUGAGAGGGCGUGGCUGAGGCGAGGAGGUGGGGCUGAGGAGGUGCCUGCCGGUGCCUGAACUGCAUGGAUGGAAUGCGUGUGCAGCGGGGGCCACAAGGGGGCGCCAUCUUUCAGAACGGACCCUGGGGGAGCGGGGGCACAGUGGACAACGGUGGGAGAGGAGAGCUCGGAAGAGGGAUUGUUUCAUUAUGAGAGGAGAGGAGAGGAGAGAAGGCUGGAAUGUCCUAAAUAUCAUUCAGAUAGUUUGAAUUCCACAGCGCUUGUCCCUGUUCCAGAAGGCCCGCUGCCCACGUCUUCAGCCUCUUGUUUAUUUGAACAACCGCUCCAGUCACGGCACAUUUUCCAUGACUCGCUAUAGCCUUACGGUAUGAAGUGCAUUUUGGUGUACAGGUCCACGGGACGGGCGCGCUUGUACCCCCCCCCCCCGUUCCAUUAGGGUUUCCUACGAAAACGACCAAUAUUUAGACAGGAACAGGUGCGCACACGACGAGAUACUUGAAUUUAACAUUUCAUUUACUUUCGCUGAUCGCUUUACGAAAUUCGGUGGUCUUAUUAAGUUUUGCAGUCGGCGAAGGAGUGCUGUUUUUGUAAUGGUUAUCGAUAUCUUUUCCCAAAUGUGCUGUUGUGUACAAAAUGAUUUCUAAAUUAUUACUGUUUUUUGGCAUUGUGUUCAUGUCCAAUGCUCUGUAGUUGAAGACCUUAGUGAGCAGGGAUCCGUGUGCUUGGGAUGUGAUGUUCUUAGUGUUCCCAUCUCUGGGGGGCUUGCAAACCCCAAUAUCGGAGUGGUCAAUGCAGGACCGUGAAACACAAGAGCAGACCGAAAUACAAGGCGACAUCGCCAAAUGCUCACACACGCCUGGCUAACGGUACGGUAAGAGCUAGUGCCCUGUGACAGGCAACUGGGUUCCAGACCAGGGUCAAAUACGUAUUUGUUUUGGAUUCAAAUACUUUUCUACGCUAUACUGAUCUUGUCUGGUGUAUUGGAACCAAUGAAAUACUCUUUAAAAAAAGUGCAAACCCCAUCUUCUGGUCAUAUUGGCAGGCUGAAUUACACCAGGCAAGAUCAAUAGAGCACAGAAAAGUAUUUGAAUCCAAAACAAAUAUGUAUGUGACCCAGAGUCUGCUGGAUUCCCUGUAACACUCUGGUAAUGGGAACAGCGGUGCAUGCAUUCAAACCAUAAAGACAACAGUGUACAGAAACUGAACUGUGUUCAGCUUGAAGAGUCAUAGGUUAAGAGUCAAAGCCGUUGCUGUUUUUAAGAUACGCAGGAAGUGUAGUGUAGUGAUUAAGACUGGGGAGUUCAGAGGGAUGUAUGUAUUAACUUUACGAGAAAGUUUGUUACUGUGUCCUAUGACAGGUGAUUUGCAACGGAUCACUUGUAAAUUAAAAUAUUUUUUAAGAAA